AUGUUGCUGAGUAGCACAGUGCAUCAACUCCAUACCUGCAGCUUGUACCAGCAGUUUAUGGAGCAAAUACACUACAUGUGCUUCAACCAAAUGGCCAGGUACAAAGCUCAAGAUGCAGUGGUCCCUAAUGGGGUGAAGGGAGACGACAUUCAAUCAAAGGAUACCAAUUUGUGUCUUGGAGAUAGCCACAGUCUGUCAGGCACUCCGUCCUACCAGGAUCCAGGAAUCCAUGUCUGGCCAGUACUGAGGGUCAAGUGUGACCAUUCUGAGGAUUAUAUAUGCCGAGUAUGUCGUUCAGAAGGAACCCCAGACAAGCCACUUUACCACCCUUGUGUGUGCACUGGCAGUAUCAAAUUUAUCCAUCAAGAGUGUUUAGUUCAGUGGCUCAAACACAGCAGAAAAGAAUACUGUGAACUAUGCAAACACAGAUUUGCUUUCACACCAAUUUAUUCUCCAGAUAUGCCAUCCAGACUUCCAAUUCAGGAUAUUUUUGCAGGACUGGUUACGAGUAUUGGUACAGCAAUAAGAUACUGGUUCCAUUAUACGUUGGUGGCCUUUGCAUGGCUGGGAGUUGUACCCCUCACAGCAUGCCGUAUCUACAAAUGCUUGUUUACUGGCUCUGUGAGCUCGCUGUUGACACUGCCACUAGAUAUGUUAUCCACAGAGAAUCUGCUGGCAGACUCUCUGCAAGGUUGUUUCGUGGUAACAUGCACACUCUGUGCGUUCAUUAGCCUUGUCUGGUUGCGAGAGCAAAUUGUGCAUGGUGGAGCUCCACAGUGGCUGGAACAAAACCAGGCCCAACCACCCAAUGGAGUUGGGCAAAAUGAGCCUCCAGCAGCUCCCAAUGCUGCAGCAGAGAACCCCCAAGCUGCUCAACCAGCAAAUCAGGCAGCAGAAAACCCAGCAGCUGCUGCUGGGGCAGCUCCUGCAGCAGCAGAUAACGCCAACGUUAGGGUAGACGAGGACGAGAAUGAAGACGAUGAAAAUGAUGAUGAAGAUGAUGCUGUAGUAGAAGAUGGCGCUGAUGCCAACAAUGGUGCUCAAGAUGAUAUGAACUGGAACGCACUGGAAUGGGACAGAGCUGCAGAAGAGCUUACGUGGGAACGGAUGCUAGGGUUGGAUGGUUCGCUUGUAUUCCUGGAGCAUGUUUUCUGGGUGGUUUCAUUAAAUACACUAUUUAUUCUUGUGUUUGCAUUUUGUCCAUACCAUAUUGGACACUUCUCGGUUGUUGGUUUGGGUUUUGAGGAGUAUGUAAGUACUAAUGAUACGGUUCAAGCUUCGCAUUUUGAAGGCUUGAUAACAACUAUAGUGGGCUACGUACUCUUGGCUAUGACUCUGAUAAUCUGUCACGGUUUGGCUGCGCUGGUGAAGUUCCAACGAUCUCGACGUUUAUUGGGCGUUUGUUAUAUUGUUGUGAAGGUGUCCUUACUGGUAGUUGUGGAAAUUGGUGUUUUCCCCCUGAUAUGCGGCUGGUGGCUUGACAUCUGUUCACUAGAAAUGUUUGAUGCUACUUUGAAAGACAGAGAGCUGAGUUUUCAAUCUGCACCUGGAACCACAAUGUUCCUCCACUGGCUGGUGGGCAUGGUCUAUGUGUUCUACUUCGCAUCUUUCAUUCUUCUACUCAGAGAGGUGUUAAGACCAGGUGUCUUAUGGUUUUUGAGAAAUCUGAAUGAUCCAGAUUUUAAUCCAGUCCAAGAGAUGAUUCAUCUACCUAUUUAUAGGCAUUUCAGACGUUUUAUACUAUCUGUGAUUGUCUUUGGCUCUAUUGUCCUCCUUAUGCUUUGGUUGCCAAUUCGUAUUAUUAAGACUGUACUCCCUGAUUUUCUACCGUACAAUGUAAUGCUUUACAGUGAUGCCCCAGUCAGUGAACUGUCUCUAGAGCUUCUGCUACUGCAAGUUGUAUUGCCAGCUUUACUGGAACAAGGACAUACUCGGCAGUGGUUGAAGGGGCUGGUCCGAGCUUGGACAGUCUCAGCUGGAUAUUUGUUGGACCUCCAUUCAUACUUGCUCGGAGACCAGGAGGAAAAUGAGAACAAUGCCAACCAACAGGUGAACAAUAACCAACAAGCGCGUAAUAACAAUGCCAUUCCUGUAGUAGGGGAAGGACUUCACGCAGCUCACCAGGCCAUACUGCAACAGGGUGGGCCCGUAGGCUUUCAACCUUAUCGGAAACCUUUACAGUUUCCUCUUAGAAUUCUACUGUUGGUAAUUUUCAUGUGUGUGACAUUGUUGAUUGCCAGUCUCAUCUGUCUCACGUUACCAGUUUCAGCAGGCCGUUGGAUUAUGUCGUUUUGGACUGGCAGUGCCAAAAUCCAUGAGCUAUAUACAGCUGCCUGUGGAUUGUAUAUCUGCUGGUUGACGAUACGAGCAAUUACAGUGUUAGCAGCAUGGAUGCCACAGGGGCGCGAUGUUAUUUUUCAGAAACUUAAAGAAUGGUCCCUCAUGAUAGUGAAAACAUUAGUCGUGGCUUUGCUUCUAGCUGGAAUGGUACCUCUUCUUUUAGGACUCUUGUUUGAACUGGUUAUUGUUGCCCCUUUGAGGGUCCCUCUGGAUCAGACACCACUCUUUUACCCAUGGCAGGAUUGGGCUCUUGGUGUUCUCCAUGCUAAAAUAAUUGCUGCUAUAACACUGAUGGGACCUCAGUGGUGGCUGAAAACUGUCAUUGAGCAGGUCUAUGCAAAUGGAAUUCGAAAUAUUGAUUUGCAUUUUAUAAUUUGCAAACUUGCAGCACCGGUUAUUGCAGUGCUGCUGCUAUCACUCUGUCUGCCAUACGUCAUAGCUGCUGGAAUUGUACCCCUACUGGGUGUAACUACUGAGAUGCAGAACCUAGUCCAGCGUCGAAUUUAUCCUUUGCUCCUCAUGGUUGUGAUACUAAUGGGAGUCCUGUCCUUCCAAAUCCGCCAGUUCAAGCGUCUCUAUGAACACAUUAAAAAUGACAAAUAUCUCGUUGGCCAACGGCUUGUUAACUAUGAGCGAAGGACGGGUAAACAAACCAUGACGGCACCAUCACCUUCUGAAGAGUAGUGGGUGUUGACCAACCCUGCCAUCCCUCCUAUGUGCCCUUCCUUUUCCUUCUAUUUUUCUUCUCCCAUCUUCCCAUGCAAUUUUUGCUAAGGUCCAGCAAAAAAAAAGGCCCCACCUGGUCCUGUUUUCUUCCCCAGUGCUGAUGAUGAUAACUGUAUAUGUGUAAAUAGAAUGAACAUUCUGAGCCCCUUAAAGAUAAAUGAAUGUGCAUUGUAAAUCUUAAAAUAUGUAUAUUAAUUUAUUAAAUGUAGUCAUCACUUUA